CUUUGUGUAUAAACACACACGCGGUAAGAUGGCCUCGUCUCUGGGCGGUAUGUUUCCCGGUCAGCAGCCCUCGGCUCAUCCCGGGCCCGGUCCCGGGGCCGCGGCUCCUCUGACGGGGGCUCCAGGGGGAAGCAGGGCCCCGGGCGGCGGCGGCGCCACGCUGGUGGAUGAUCUGGAAGCUUCUUUCGAGGCAUGCUUUGCUUCUCUUGUCAGCCAAGACUAUGUAAACGGGACCGACCAGGAAGAAAUUAGAACAGGGGUGGAUCAGUGUAUUCAGAAGUUUCUGGACGUGGCUCGACAGACGGAGUGCUUCUUCCUCCAGAAGAGACUACAGCUCUCUGUACAGAAACCUGAGCAGGUGGAGAAAGAGGACAUAUCGGAACUGAGGAAUGAGCUCCAGAGGAAGGAGAUCUUAAUUCAGAAGCACCUGGGCAAGAUCCACCACUGGCAGCAGGUCCUGGAGGACAUUAACGUCCAGCACAAGAAGCCCACGGACCUGCCGCAGGGUCCGCUGGCCUUCCUGGAGCAGGCCUCCGCCAACCUCCCUGCUGCAAUCAAACCCAACUGAAGAUCCCAGCUGGAGAACUGGAGAGAGAUGGACUGGAGACUAAUAAACCAUGUGUUGCUGUUUUUGUCUUUAAAAAAUUAAGAUAUUUGGUUUAAUGAUUUUUUUUUUCUUUUAUAAUAACCAGAGUGUAUUGAAUGACUUUUUGAUUUAAAGGUUCUGAAUUAUAAUUGAAUCCAAUUUCAAAUUAUUGGAAAAUUGGGAUUUUCAGUCACAUUUCUAAACGUUAUGUUUGUUUAGGGCAGGUGGAUAUUUAAGAACAUUUUUGUACUGUUUAAAAUAAAUAUACCUUUUGUACUUUC